CAAGAAACCAUCGAAAUGAAUUCAGCUGGAGACAGAUCCGUCAUCUCAAACGACAUGCAGGAGCUUCGCCAGGGCGGCGAAGAAAUCUCCCACAAGAUCCAAGGACACAAGGCGAACUUGUCCAACCCCAGUAAGAAAGGCCUCCUCUUUUUUACUCUGUUUGCGUCUGACAUGGGACUAUUUAUAGACACGAGCCAGGCCAGCAAGGAGAAUAGCAAGCGUGAGAUUGAGCAGCUAGGCGGGGAUGAUAAUUUGUAUGGAAAGGAGGAUAAUCCUAGGAGUAAGAGUGCGGCUGAGCAGUUGGAGGGGAGUCGAGCGAGUACCUAG